CUUGCGGUUGUAAGAUUAUUUUUGUAUACCACAAUUAAUUAAACAAGAAAGGUAUCUUUUACACUUCACUGUGACUAGUUAUCAGAAAGGCCUGUGGUGAACCAAAUGCUGUAAGGAGCUACAGGAAAAGGCAUACAGUUCUGCUUUACGUCAGGGACACCUGUCUUCCAGAUGGAUGCUACAGGAGAUACUGAGCCAGAAGGAACCAAGAACUCCUCAGGUAGUUCCAGGACCCUUGCUCUGACUGUGUGUUUUGCUGCUAUUGGAGGAACUUUCCAGUACGGCUACAACAUCUCAAUCAUCAACGCUCCCACCAGCUACAUCCAGGGUUUCAUCAAUGACACCUACGUGGAGCGCUGGGGCACAGGCUUGGAUAUCCCUCAGGUGACCCUGGUAUGGACCAUUAUCGUGUCAGCCUUCCCGCUUGGUGGUCUGCUAGGGGCCCUGCUAGCAGGGCCUAUGGCGGUCCGCUUCGGUAGGAAGAAGUCCCUGCUUUUGAACAACUCUUUCCUGUUUGUUGGCGCCGUGUUUGUGCUAACAUGCCGGGUUGCGAAAUCGUUUGAGAUGAUCAUAGUGGCUCGCUUCUUGGUGGGGAUGAACUCGGGCGUCAGUAUGAACAUCCAGCCAAUGUACUUUGGGGAGAGUGCCCCCAAACACCUGAGAGGUGCCGUGGCUUUUUCCUCCGCCGUCUUCACAGCAUUUGGGAUCUUCUUGGGUCAAGUUGUGGGACUCACUGAGCUGCUGGGUGCGGCACCUCUUUGGCCCUAUCUACUAGCUAGUAAUGCUCUGCCAGGGCUGAUCCAGCUGGUUACCCUACCCUGGUUUCCCGAAAGCCCCAGAUACCUUCUAAUUGACAGGGGUGACAGGGAAGCUUGUGUCCAGGCUCUGGGAAGGCUUCGUGGAGGGGAGGCUCCUGUCUUGGAGAUGGAGGAGAUGCUUCAGGAGCAGCAGCAACUGUCUGCAGCCUUAAAUUCUGGAUCUGCAGCUACUGCCAGAACACCUUGGUCCCUGUUUAAGGACCGAGACUUGCGAUCCCAGCUCAGCACGGUCAUGGUUGCCAGUAGUGCCAUGAUGCUCUGUGGCAACGAUAGUUUCUACUUCUACGCUUCCUACAUUUUCCUCAAAGCAGGGAUCCCACCGGAGAAAAUUCAGUACGUCACCAUUGGCACGGGGGCGUCCGAGCUAACUGCUUCCAUUCUGAGUAAUCUCCUGAUUGAACGUGCGGGCCGCAGAUACCUUCUUAUUGGAGGGUACAGUCUCAUGACCUGUUGGACAGUUGUCUUUACUGUAGCUCUUAACCUCCAGAGCCAAGGGGUGACAGGUAUGGCAUACGUCAGCAUGGCAUGCUUGUUCUGUUACAUCCUCAGCUUCGGCUUGGGUCCUGCAGGAGUGACGGGGAUCUUACCAGCUGAGAUAUUUGACCAGGCAGCUCGGCCAGCGGCAUACAUGGUCGCCGGUUCACUCAUGUGGCUCAGCCUGUUCCUGGUGGGAAUGAUGUUCCCCUUCCUCGUCGGUAGCCUGGGAAACUUCUGCUUCCUGCCUUUCCUGUUUGUGUGUUUGGUAUCUGCUUUGUUUUUUGGUUUCACUUUACCGGAAACGAAGGGCAAGACACUAGCUCAGAUUACGGCAGAAUUUGACAAAAGAAAUCAACGGAAAAUGAGUCCAGAGGAGCAGGUGGAGGAACCUCUGAAGGAUCACUACCAGCUGGGUAAAGCCUCCUCAUCUACUACCUUGACGUGUGACCCUGACCCUGAAUCAAAGAGUGGUGACUGAAAUUUGCCCUUCAGCAUAACUGGAAAGGAAAACAGGUAGUUUAUUUAUGCACAUUCAGUGUUUGAUAUAGUAAAUUUUAUGUGUCAUAUUUAUGAGAGAUGAUCUCUGAUAACUUAAUUUGGAUCUCAUUAGCCACUGAAGAAUUCACACCCUGGGAAGUAUUAGAAUGUCCCGUUCAGACAAAUCUGUUCUUUAACUUCGUGCUCGAAUGACUCCCUUAAUUACACAGAGCAUGUUCACACAAAGCAGAACGGGAAAGUCAAGGAAAGCAGUUGACAUGACUGUAAUUCUACCUGCUCCCAACUGAGGUUCACACCGGAACAGUACAAGGUACAGUCUGAUGAGGUGGCAGAUAAAGAGCUUCUAAAAUGUCACCUCUUUGUUGUAAGUAAUAGUGCUGAGCCCUAAUGCGCAGUUCCGAAUUCAAGGAAAGCAGUCACGGUGAUAAUAUACCUCAAACUCAACUCGUACAGACUCAAACAGUGAGAAGAUUUUGACAAUAAUACUAUGUGUUUGCAGCAGAGUGGGUAAUCAUUUGAACUGUGCGUAUUAAAGGAUUACCUACUCUAAUUGAAUGCAUCUGCUCGGGCUAGAUAACAGUGUUUGUUUAUUGUGUAACCUGAUUCUGUCUUCUGUCUGUCCCAGUUCAGUGAACUGUGCCUAUGUACAUUUUCCUAUUCAGGGAACCAUGUGAGAAUCCUGACUCUGUGUGAAGUGUGUUCUUUUUUGAUUAUUUAUGCACCAACUGGCCUAUAUGUGUAAUUUAACUACAUUAGUUAGAUGUCCUGCCACUGUAUCCAGCAUGAUGUCUAUUACGUAACAUAUUUAUAUACCAUAAAAACUAUGGUUUCUCAGUGUUUUCUGGCUUUAAGAAGGCAACUCCUCAAAACGGUCAGUAGAUGAUGCUAUUGUCUCUGAGUAAAUCUACUUUCAGUGCUGAAAUACAAUCCAGUCUGAUAUGAAAACAAAUCAGACGUUGGCACUAUGGCACUUUUAAAUUCAGCCUGUAGUUCACAAACCUUGCAAACCUGCUGUGUACCAUCUGUCCGUACCAACCAUCUCUUAUAUGUACUGUAGUCAGCAAAUGCAACUUUACCAUUCCUUAAAAAGAUCAAGAUAUGCAUCUGUUCUGCACUUUUGUAGCAUGUGGCAGCUGCUGCGCACUGACUGAAAGGAUCUAUUUUUGCUGUAUUACCAAAGCUCCUUAUGACAAUCCUAAAUGAUGGAUGUAAAAAGUAUCUGACUGAUUCUCAGGCCUAAACAAAUGUAGAUAUUUAAGUGCCGGUAUUUAUUUAAUUAUAUAUUUUGAAUGCCAAAUACUACAGCAUGUAUCAAAAAAAAAAAAAAAAAGUAGAAACAAGGGUAACUGGACUUUGCCUCUCAUCAAGUAGCUUCUUUAGUUAAAGGUCUGGUUGGGAGUGAGAGUUAAAGUGGGACCAUCUGAAACUUGCAUGACUGGGGUCCGUUAACAACCAGAUACUCACCUGUGAUCAAAUGAAAACGUUUUGAUACUUUUAUUUAUUUCCUCAAUGAAUGAUGCUGUAAAAACCUAUCACUGGGCAGAGACUAAAGUCCCGCGAUAGGAGUGGGGCUGUAACCCUAUGAGUCCAGUUGGCCUUGUUUCAGCUUGUUCUUUGGUCACACGAUGACCUGAAUGACUGAGAGCCUUCACAGACAGUACUGCAUGUGCAACAAAAUAAAAAAAAAAAGUGAUC